AUGCCCAUUCGUCGCCCGGCCGUUACAGCCGCCUCGCAUAUCCGACCCGCCAUGCAUGUGCCCAUUGCCGCUAGAGUCGUCCCUCCACUCAUCGUCGCUGGAUGUGUCGCCACAGUCGUCACCUAUGUCGCUCGGCAGUUGACCCAGGAGCGCGGUGCCAUGGACAAGAUCUUUGCGCAAAAGAACGACGAGAAAUACGAGGCUGCUCGCUCAAAGGUCUUUGCCGACUUUGAGCCAAGAAGCAGUCUCUACAACAUCUUGGGAUGGUAG